GCCUACGUGUGGCGGAAGUGCACCACCUUGUUGCGUCCGCCAGUUCGGGACCCUCAGCCAACUCCACCCCCAGGUGGUUUGAACUGUGAGCUCCUUGUAGUUCGGAUGAACACUUUCGCUUUCCUCAAGUUUAUGACGCUUGGGAUUUUAAGAAUUGGAGGUUUAUGCAAUUGGAGACCGGUCAACCCUGUGCCGAAUUCAGAGUGCUGAAAGACAGAAAUUAAAAUGGCUUCCAGAGGAAAGACAGAGACAAGCAAGUUAAAGCAGAAUUUAGAAGAACAGUUGGAUAGACUAAUGCAGCAAUUACAAGAUCUGGAGGAAUGCAGAGAGGAACUUGAUACAGAUGAAUAUGAAGAAACCAAGAAGGAAACUUUGGAGCAACUAAGUGAAUUUAAUGAUUCGCUGAAGAAAAUUAUGUCUGGAAAUAUGACUUUGGUAGAUGAACUAAGUGGAAUGCAACUGGCUAUCCAGGCUGCCAUCAGCCAGGCCUUUAAAACUCCAGAGGUCAUCAGACUGUUUGCAAAGAAACAACCAGGUCAGCUUCGGACACGGUUAGCAGAGAUGGAUAGAGAUCUCAUGGUAGGAAAGCUGGAAAGAGACCUGUACACACAACAGAAAGUGGAGAUACUAACAGCUCUCAGGAAACUCGGAGAGAAGCUGACUGCAGAUGAUGAGGCCUUCUUGUCAGCAAAUGCAGGUGCUAUCCUUAGCCAGUUUGAGAAAGUCUCUACAGACCUUGGCUCUGGAGACAAAGUUCUUGCUUUGGCAAGUUUUGAGGUUGAAAAAACAAAAAAAUGACAUGGUGUGGAAGCUUGGGACAGUGAUCAUCUUCUUGUAAAUGGCACCUUUCUGCUGGUGAUUUUGAGUCAUUGCAAAGAAAUCGAGCGAUUCAUGAAGUGCACUAAUCACCUAAGAAAAGGUUAUUAAUGAAAUACAUACUCUUGGCUUCUGUUUGUGCCCUUCAUCCUUGUGCUUUGUGUAGGGCUGUCUGCUUGAGUGAUCCUGGACUUGGGAUGGAGGGACUCACUGGACUUGAUUCAUUACGUUUGUCUGUGUAAGAGAGAGAACAGAAAACAGUUUCUCUGACCUUUUAUUAAGGCUCCUUGUUUUCAAGUGCUGAUAGUAAAUGAAAAGAUGUGAAGUCGUGGUUGUUUUCUGCUCAUAAUUUAUCCCCACUUACUAGAGUAAAUAGUGUAGCAACAUGGGUAGACCUCAUACGUAUUCAUAAAAUUUCAGAGUUCUCAGUGAUCUUAGAAAUCAUUUUCAUGUUAUAGACAAGGAAACGGGGGCUCAGAAAGAGCAAGUGACUUGCUUCAAGUCACAUCACUGACAGAGUUGGGGAUAAGACUUGGGUGUCCAGACUCUCUGUUUAGUGUCCAUUGAAUUUUAUUUUUUUUACUCUGUGCUGUUCUUAAAAAAUAAUGAACACAUAUUUGUCCAAGUCCAUGUUUAUAAAAAUUCCGCGUCCCAACAAAAAGUUGUCACAGAGGGACCAUUCCCCAGCCUGUGGACUCCCCGGAUGAAUGGGGCCCAUUGUGUCUCUUGAGUUUUGAGCUGGGAACAAGGGGAGCCCUGUGGAGAGUCUCCUGAAGUAACAGCCUCCUGUGCUGGUUCACCAGGGAAGCAAUUACAAGUGGCAGCCAGAGGCCCGCCCUGUGUGUGACCUCUUUGCUGCAACCUGGAGGGUGGUGACUGUAAAUUACUAUUUACUCUUCAGUUUUUGGAGAAGCACAAAAUAAGUUAUCAGGAAAAAAGCAAGUUUCUCUCCCGAGUGUUUACAUCUCUCUGUUUGCCUAAAUAUAUGGAUUUCCCCAUAUGCAUGUAUGUUAGCUUCUUUCUAGGCUCUGGCUACUUUAUGGCCUUUCAUGUAUUUCUCAGUAUUCUUUUGUUUGCACUUUAUACCAAUUAAAAACAUUUUUAGAGCUUCA